AUGAAGAGGACUAAUCUACAGCUACUCUGGGCCAGUGGCUGGACAAGCAGCCACGGGUGGGAGAUCUGUCCUUGUUGUCAUUACAGAUUUAUUAGCAAGGACAAACGAACACAGUCUGUCUCCCUCCAGGCGUUCCUGCCCUUGUUGAAGAAGGCUGCACAGGAGAGCACCCAGACAGGGCUCAGCUGCGGCAAGGCGGCCAUUAUCAACGUGUCCACUAUAGGGGGCUCCAUCGGGAACACCCCCAGCAUGGCCAUCUUUCCAGUCAUCUCCUACCGCUGCAGCAAGACUGCUCUGAACAUGCUCACGAGGUGCCAGUCGGUGAGAUACAAGGAAGACGGGAUCCUGUGCACUGCGCUGCAUCCGGGCUGGGUGAAAACAGAGCUGGGAACUGCCAAGGCAGAGCUGACGGUGGAGGACAGCGUGCAGGGGAUUCUGAAGGUGCUCUCCACCCUCUCUGAGAAACACCAUGGGAUUGUAGUGGACUGGACAGGAAGAAAUGUACCAUGGUGAGAGCCUGGCCUACAGGAAUGAUUUCACCAGCAGUGUUCAUAGGACACUCCAGCACCCGUCUGCAUCUCGUGAAUAAACAUCUCUGCCUGAA